UACAACCCAGGGAGAAGUAGUGUACUCUGAUGCAUAUUCAUUCUAAACUAAAGUAAAAACUUGGUAUUGUUUUUUAUCACCUGGACCAGUAAAGCAGUUUUUGAAAACCAUCACAGAUUUUAAGGUGCCAAAAUGGUGAACUGCUGUGGAUUGGUAACUGUCAAGAAUAAACCAGUGCCUCUGAAGAGUAUUGCUGUGGAGGUUAGUGUCCAGGGGCAUGUAGCCACUGUGAGCUCCACUCUGCAGUAUGAGAACCAGGAGGAGAGCCCUCUGGAGGCCAUCUUUGUUUUCCCUCUGCCAGGAGAGGCUGCUGUCUGCAGGUUCAGCGCCAAGAUAGGACAGACUGAGGUGGUGGCUGAGGUUCAGGAGAAACAGAAGGCGCGGGAGCAGUAUGAUGAUUUGUUGAGCUCGGGCCAGCAGGCCUUCCUAUUGGAGGAGAGUGAUGAGAGCCCGGAUGUGUUCAAGCUGAGUGUAGGUAGUCUGCCUCCAGGGGAGAAGGCCUCUGUCAGCCUGGACUAUGUGACAGAGCUGGCUGUACAGGCUGACGAUGGCCUAAGGCUCUGCCUUCCAGCUGUGCUCAACCCCCGCUAUCAACCCCAGGGGUCAGACAGGGGCAGUGGUGGCAGUGCCCUGGUGUCCUCGGUGCCUGCUGGUUCUGUGCCCUACAGUCUGUCCCUCAGUGCCCGUGUGUCGUCCCCUCAUCCCGUCUGUAGAGUAGAGUCCAACUGUCCUCUGGACCAACUCAACUACCUCAACACAGAGAGAACACAAGCCACGGUCAGUCUGGCUGCAGGUCAUCAGUUUGACCGGGACGUUGAGCUGUUGUUGUAUUACCAAGACACCCAUCAGCCUACUGCUAUAGUAGAGGCAGCACAGACUUCUGCCAAGCCAGGCUCUCUGAUGGGCGACCCAGUGGUCAUGCUGAGCCUGUACCCAGAGUUCCCCAACGAUGUGAUGUCAUCGAUGACCUCACUCGGGGAAUUCCUUUUUGUUGUGGAUCGCUCUGGCAGCAUGUCAUUCUCCAUGCACAAUGGGUCUGGGGUUCAGGACCGCAUUGGCAGUGCCAGGGAUACUCUGCUACUCUUGCUAAAAAGCCUGCCAAUGGGCUGCUACUUCAACAUCAUCGGUUUUGGGUCCAGAUAUGAGUCCUUCUUUCCUAAGAGUGUGGAGUACAGCCAGAAGACCAUGGAUGAGGCUCUGCUGAAGGUGAAGGCAAUGAGGGCUGACCUUGGAGGUACAGAGAUCCUCCAGCCUUUAAAACAUAUCUACAGCCAGCCCUGCCUCCCUGACCAGCCCAGACAGCUCUUCUUGUUCACUGACGGUGAGGUGGGGAACACCAAGGAAGUGCUGGAUCUGGUGAAGGCAAAUGCCGGCUCUCACAGGUGCUUCUCCUUUGGGAUUGGAGAGGGGGCCAGUUCUGCUCUCAUCUUUGGGGUGGCCAAGCAGGGUGGAGGGCACGCACAGUUUAUCACAGGACAGGACAGGAUGCAGCCCAAAGUGAUGCAGUCCCUGCGGUUUGCCCUGCAGCCGGCUGUGGUGAACAUCUCAGUCAAGUGGAAUGUCCCAAAGGGGGUGUCUGUCACACCUCUGUCUCCACCAAUCAGAGUGCUCUUCCAGGGUCAAAGGGCACUGCUGUAUGCCCAGCUCACUGGGAAGAGCUCAGGGGACACAGAGGGCUCAGUGACAGUGGCGUACAGCCUGGCUGAGCAGCCUGUUGAGAACCAGCUGAGCUUCAGUCUCAAGCCUGCAGAAGACACCGGACUGACUGUCCACAGGCUGGGGGUUCGAACCCUGAUCCGCUCCCUGGAGAUGGAAGAGAGACAGGGGUAUGGGAAGAAAAAGGGAGUGAAAGAGAAGGUGGUAGAGCUCAGCGUCCAAUCAGGAGUGAGCAGUCCCAGUGACCUGUGUGUUUCUUUCUCAGCAUUGUUAAAAAGCGCAAUGUCCAGUAGGAUGGUGUGUGGUGCGGCUAUGAACAGGUCUAUGCUCACAAAGAUGAGUUUCGAUGUCCAAGCUGAUCAAGGUCAAGGUCAAAGAUUCUUACAAGGAUCAAGGCCAAUGUAUGGCAAAAUGAGAAGGCGUCCAAGAUCUGAGCCUCGAAGCACUGACUUAGACUGUCCAGCCACAGCCUCUAAUCCUGUGAAGGACCCUCUCCUCCAGCUGAUCUCCCUCCAGAAGGCCUCUGGUUUCUGGGUCCUGGAGGCAGCGUUGGCUGAGGUACUGGGGAAGACUGAGGAGGAAGUGGCCAAGCCAAAGCCUGCACCGGUGGACCAGGAGUUGUGGGCCACGGUUCUAGCCCUGGUAUGGCUCUAUGGGUUCAAGAUGGAGGCUCAGGAGCAGUGGCAGUUUCUGGCCAUGAAGGCAGUAUCAUGGAUCCAGGCUCAGAAAGCGGCCAGUGUGUCCGAGUGUGUCCAGGCUGGAAACAUCCUUCUGGGUUGCCAGGUGCUGAAAGACACAUUGGGGCUCUGAGAGGUUCACACUGCCUGUCCUCUCUCUGUCCCCCACGCUCCUGCUACUCUGUCUGGGGUCAGAUAUACACACAACCCAACCUGCUCCUGGUCCCCUCAAAGCAACAUGGUGGAACUAGCUACUGUCCCGGUCUGAACAAGCCUAAUUAUCAACCUCUCACCUAUAUUAGCCUACUGUCAUUUAAUGUAGGGGCACUUGUGUAUCUCAAUGUAUUGGUUGUUAUUAACAUAUCAACAUGAAUCUAUGUAUUACAUAUACAGCUAUACUUGUUAGACUUUGCUUUGGUUAUCAAUUCAAUAGGCUACUGGAAACAAUGUGUUAACUGUACUUGUCAACACUAUCCAAAAUGCUUGGUAAAAUGGAAAGCUAGAUGAGUGCCUUUCCGAGUGCCUUUACUGUGUGAUCAUGUAACACUGUCUAUAUUCAUGCAUUUCCUCAUAUUUUACCACUGUACUUUAAAAUCAUAUGAUAAAAUCAAUGAUAUUCUA